AUGCGGAAGCUACUGCGACCGCGCUGCUGCUGCUGGUGGAUUCCGCCUCUGCUUUUCUCCUCGCUCGUUCUCCGCUGGGCACACUGUCAUCCCGCAUUGGCUGAAGAGAACAAAGCGGAACAUCAUGACCGGCCAAUCGGUGACAGGCACCGCAGAGCGGCCGAAGAGUCCUACUGGGCCUACUCAGGGACGUACGGACCAGAUACAGGGUGGGCGGCAGCUUUUCCUGAGUGUCAGGAGAAAAACCAAUCACCGAUCAAUAUAGCCGACCAAGACACUAAGGUCUCGAUGGAGUACCAGGAACUUACGCUGGACGGGUUUGAUGCAGAGUCAUCCAACAAGACAUCAAUGAAGAAUACAGGCAAAACCGUGGCGAUCUUCUUGAAGGACGAUUAUUUUGUGAGAGGAGCCGGGCUACCAGGCCGCUUCAAAGCCGAGAAGGUGGAGUUCCACUGGGGCCAGAGCAAUGGUUCCGACGGCUCCGAGCACAGCAUCAAUGGCAGGAGAUUCCCUGUGGAGAUGCAGAUCUUCAUGUAUAACUCAGACGACUUUGACAGUCUUAACACAGCAAUACGGGAGAAGCGAGUAAUUGCGGCCAUGGCUGUCUUCUUUCAGGUGGGGAUGAAGGACAAUCCUGCAGUAGAUCCGAUUAUUCAUGGGCUAAGAGGAGUUGUUCAUCACGAAAAAGAGACAUUUCUAGAGCCCUUCGUGCUCAGAGACUUGUUGCCGUCCUCCAUCGGAAGCUACUACCGUUACAUCGGCUCUUUGACCACGCCACCCUGCAGUAAAGUGGUGGAGUGGAUAGUCUUCAGUCGGCCCGUGUUCCUCUCCUACAAACAGCUGGAAGCGUUCUACUCCAUCUUCACCACAGAACAGCAGGAUCAUGUUAAAUCCGUGGAAUACCUGCGUAACAACUUCCGCCCACUCCAGAGUCUGGACAACCGAGAGGUCUUCAAAUCCGCCGUCAAAGAAGCUUGGCUGCCUGACUUGACUGACAGCCUGGGGAACCCGUACGGUACCGAGGCUUCUAAAGCAUGCAGCAGUGCCCCGAUCAACAUGAACGUCCAGCACAUGAACAAGACGGCGCUUUUCGUUCGAUGGUCCCGUCCGGAGAUCACCUACGAUCCACCCAUCAUCAGCUACCACAUUUCCUACAGCUGGACCAGAAAUGACGAGUCAUAUGAGGAGACGUACGUCAAAGGGAGUGAUCAGAAACUGGAGGCCGUCAUCGCACCGGUGUCGUCGGAUGUGCUGUACCUGUUCCGCGUCCAGGCGGUGUGUUUGAAUGACAAGCGCAGUGACUUCAGCCAGAGCAUGCUCUUCAGAGCCAACACCACCAGGAUAUUUGAGGGCACAAGAAUAGUCAAAACUGGGAUGCCAACUGUGUCCCCAGCAUCCUCGGCAGACAUGGCACCCAUCAGCUCCGGCUCCUCCACUUGGACUUCCUCUGGUCUUCCGUUCUCCUUCGUUUCAAUGGCCACCGGCAUCGGCCCCUCUUCCAGCGGCAGCCAAGCGACGGUGGCGUCUGUGGUGACCAGUACCCUCCUGGCGGGGUUGGGUUUCAGUGGUGGGGUCAUCUCCUCCUUCCCCAGCUCCGUCUGGCCCACCAGGCCUCCGCCCUCCAGCCGCCAGAUCCCAGCCAAACCCAUGGUGACCACCACAGAAGCGCCCUCCUCACCGGCCUCCGACGCAGACUCCACCGCAGCCGCAGAGAACGACAGCUCUGACGACGGAGGAGAUAAGGGAGGGAAGGGUGAGGAUGAGGAUGCAGAAAAGAACGGAGAAGAAGAAGAGGAAGAGGAUGAGGAGAAAAGUGCCGAGAGUAAAGACGCCAGAGUUCCAGACGAUGUUGAAAAGCAGACAAACGGAUCCGUGACAAAAGGUCCGCCCACAGCAGCACCGGAUUCAACGGCGAAAGAGAAAGGAGAAAACCGGAGGCCAGAAAACUCCACAGCGCCAUCUAGUGUCCCGGAGGAUCAUCUGGAGAAAAACACACACACAUUAAAGGAAGAAGACACACAGGUGCUGCCAACCAGAGAUCCAGUGGCUGAUGAUAAUGUGACGGCAGUAAUAGAGACCCCAGACAACACGGCUUAUACCAGCAAACCCAGCAGAGAAGACCGCAAGCACGUGCCUCCUUUCUCUAUACUUACAGGUGCUCUGGUGGUGGUGUCGGCGCUCACCUUCCUCUGCCUCAUUCUGCUGCUGGCCGUCCUCGUUUACUGGAGGAGGUGUUUCCAAACAGCUCAUUUCUACGUCGAAGACAGUAACUCACCCAGAGUUGUGCCCAAUGAGAGUAUCCCGGUCAUCCCAAUCCCAGAUGAUAUGGAGGCCAUCCCUGUUAAACAGUUUAUCAAGCAUGUAUCAGAACUCUACUCCAACAACCAACACGGCUUCUCAGAAGAGUUUGAGGAAGUGCAGCGCUGCACAGCAGAUAUGAAGAUCACAUCAGAACACUCCAAUCACCCUGACAACAAGCACAAAAACAGAUACAUCAACAUCAUAGCCUAUGACCACAGUCGAGUGAAGCUCAGGCCUCUGGCAGGAAAAGACUCCAAACACAGUGACUACAUCAAUGCCAACUAUGUGGAUGGCUACAAUAAACCCAAGGCCUACGUCGCAGCUCAGGGUCCUCUCAAGUCCACAUUCGAGGACUUCUGGCGGAUGGUGUGGGAACAAAACACCGGCAUUAUAGUCAUGAUCACUAACCUGGUAGAGAAAGGCAGAAGAAAAUGCGACCAGUACUGGCCGACAGAGAACAGCGAGGAAUAUGGGAAUAUUGUGGUGACUCUGAAGAGAACCAAAGUAAUGGCGUGCUACACACUCCGCAUCUUCACUAUCAGAAACACCAAAGUAAAGAAGGGUCAGAAAGGUAACACUAAGGGACGUCAGAGUGAAAGAACAGUUCUGCAGUAUCACUACACUCAGUGGCCAGAUAUGGGUGUCCCUGAAUACACGUUACCUGUGCUCACCUUUGUCAGGAGGUCCUCUGCCGCACAGACUCCAGAGAUGGGCCCCAUGCUUGUACACUGCAGUGCUGGUGUGGGCAGGACAGGAACUUAUAUUGUGAUUGACAGCAUGCUACAACAGCUGAAAGAUAAAGGCUCAGUCAAUGCGCUGGGUUUCCUCAAACAUAUACGCACUCAGAGAAACUACCUGGUCCAAACGGAGGAGCAGUAUAUCUUCAUCCACGAUGCCUUGAUGGAAGCCAUUCUUGGGAAGGAAACAGAGGUGCCCUCUAGUCAGCUGCACAGUUACGUCAACAACAUCCUGACGCCGGGCCCAGGGGGCAAAACACGACUGGAAAAGCAGUUCAAGUUGGUGACUCAGUGCAAUGCAAGAUUUGUGGAGUGCUUCAGUGCUCAAAAAGAAUGCAACAAGGAGAAGAACCGCAACUCUUCUGUUGUCCCAUCGGAAAGAGCACGUGUUGGUCUCGCACCGUUGCCUGGGAUGAAAGGCACUGAUUACAUCAAUGCAUCUUAUAUAAUGGGCUACUACCGGAGCAAUGAGUUCAUCAUUACCCAGCAUCCCUUGCCUCACACCACUAAAGAUUUCUGGAGGAUGAUCUGGGACCACAAUGCUCAAAUCAUCGUCAUGUUACCAGACAACCAGGGCCUGGCGGAGGAUGAGUUUGUGUAUUGGCCGAGUCGAGAGGAAGCCAUGAACUGUGAGGCGUUUACAGUCACUCUUAUCAGUAAAGACAGACUCUGUCUUUCCAGUGAGGAGCAAAUCAUCAUUCAUGACUUCAUCCUGGAGGCCACACAGGAUGAUUACGUUUUAGAAGUUCGUCAUUUUCAGUGCCCAAAAUGGCCAAACCCUGACGCUCCCAUAAGCAGCACCUUUGAGCUCAUCAAUGUCAUCAAAGAAGAGGCCAUGACCAGAGAUGGACCCACUAUAGUGCAUGACGAAUUUGGCGCAGUGUCUGCUGGGAUGUUAUGUGCUCUCACCACACUGUCACAGCAGCUGGAGAGUGAAGGAGCUGUGGGGGUCUACCAGGUGGCCAAGAUGAUCAACCUCAUGAGACCAGGAGUCUUUACCGACAUUGAACAGUACCAGUACCUUUACAAAGCUAUGCUCAGCUUGAUAAGCACUAAAGAGAACGGAUCCAGCCCCAUGUCCCUGGACAGAAACGGCAGCGUGGCCAUGUCUGACGAAUCGGACCCGGCCGAAAGCAUGGAGUCGCUCGUCUAAAGCCCCCCGAACAGGCGCGAAGAGGCACUUACUCGAACUUUGUAAAACUUCAAGGACUAAGACAGACUUUUUCUGAGGCCUUUUUUGCCAGAACUCUUGGUUAAAAGAAUAACCUGAUUACUUUUUUACACUGAUAAAAAGUUUUUGAUAUUUAUUUUUUCGCCAUUUUAUGUCUUAAUGUUAUCCUACUGAACAUUUGCACCGACGUUUUUUGAGUUCGCAACAAACGAAACUAAAUGAAACACAGUUCUGUCUAGUUUGCACUAUGAAAAUAUCAGUGUUACUGCCUACUCCUGCAUCUCCACCACAGUCGGUCUCUCUCACUCACUUUGAACUCUCACUGUCAAGCCCUUAUUCUGACAUUCCAUAAUAAAGCUGCUCUCCGAAGCUUUAGAAAUAUCCUCCACAAGCGAAAAACAGUUUCCACGCACACCUCAGACGCUGGAAAAAGAGAUUAUUCCCAUGUCCAACUUGCGAAGACCCACCACAAAACGUCAGAUUCACCGAUGAAAGACCGUAUGAGCAAUAUGGAUUAUGUUCGUUUUGAUUUUCGUUUGCUUUGAUCAUUUCACGCACCCCGAAUAGUAUAUCUACUCAUUAUGCUUCUAGUUAACCCCAUAUUUACUUUCGAAAGGUGGUAUUAAAACAGUUACUGUGAACUUUUGUAUGAUUCAUAUUCUGCUUUUAAUAUAUAUGAAUAUAUCGUAUAUCAUGAUAACUUGUGCUUUUGUAAAUGUUAACUGUCUCUACGAGCAGCCGUCACAGUCUCUGCUGUCAGUCGAAGGAUCCGCAGAGCCCGUGACUUCUCUAGGACCCCCUGCUGGUUUGAUUUCUCCAUUGCUUUACGCUGCAAGCUGCUACUUUUGUCACUUGAGAGUGCAACUCAACAUGUAAUGAUAAAAUGCGACUCAUAAUGUAGGAGUUAAUUCUGUUCUCUGCCCACUUCAUUUUGUAAUUUUUAUACUGCUCUACUUCGUCCUGGGUUCACUGACAUAAGCCGUCCCAUAACUUUGAGAAUAAUGUAUACAAGUCUCUCGAUGCCUUCUGUACAGUCUCAUUUCACCUCGGCAGGUGUGUGUGUAUGUGUGUGAUAUUAGGUGUGUGUUGUGUUUGGUAUUGACUGGUUUUACUAGAAGCUUGUAGACUCAGUCCGAGCAUUUCUUCACUAAACCGACCUCUUUUAGUGUCUCUCAUUUCUUGUCAUUGAUUCUCAGAUACUGCUAGGAAAAACAGUUACUGUAAUAUCGUAAACGGUUGUCUCAUGCCAUACAGCACAAAGGCCUUGCAAACAAAACAUUCGAAUCAGUCUUAUCGCUUCGAAAACUGGGGACCCCGCGCGAUUCAUAAAUUUUUACCAAAGACUACAACUGUCACUUCAGUCAUGAAACGUGAGAAAGUUUUUAUUUUUAGGAUUGGGUAAAGCCGUUUUAAGCAGAAUGUUUUUGGUAGUGACUGGAAAAACAAUGUUGAAAAUGUCCACAGGCAAAAUUAUGUUUUUGUUUUGUUGUAUGUUUUGCUUUGCAUCUUUGUUUUUUGUUGCGUUUUGUUUGUUUGGUUUUGUUUUUGUCUAAAUUGCUUCGCUGAGCAUUUGUUUAUCUGACAGGUCACCUUUAUUUUUGUUUCGUUUCUUUUUAUGUUGCAAUGAGAAUGUACACUAUUACUGAUUUCUUUUGAUGUGAAGAAGAAAGCUGUUGAAUUUUUGUUUGACUUUUGAAAUGCUUUCGAAAGUUUGACUAUGUUAUGCUGUUGAGAUGGAGAAGACACACAUUGAAGGUGUUUACUCAGUUCAUGUCUUGGUUCUCCUAAGAAGGAGGCUGGAAAAUGAAGUCACAUCUCUCCAACAUUUGGGGUAAUAUUCUGACUUUACUUGUGCAUCGCGUAAGAUAAUUGGAGCUGCAAGUUGCAUAAAUCUUUUCUAACAUUUUUGUCCUGUAGUAUCCCUUUUUUCCUUUUCUUGCAUUAUUUGUGGGUUGCAUUUGCAAGCAUAUUUGCAUUAUCAUGUUAAGAAAUGUACAUAUCUAUUUCUUGCUUCAUUAACUCGUCAGUCUCUAAAAGCUUUGGAUCCUGGCAUAUAAUUGCAAACUCUCUAUUUUCAUAUGAAUCAAUUUUGUUUGUUUGUUUGUUCUUAGUUUUGUGUGUAGUUCUCAUUGAUGGUUAACACAAAAUGUCCCCAAAUCCUUCAGAAGGUGGCUGGCAUCACAUUCCAAACACACAACAAUCAUAAACUAAGGCAGUGAUUUUGGUAUUUCUUUUUUCUUUCCCCCAUUUGAAUCAAAAUAAAAUCUGUUUCAUUGUUCAGAAGUGCAAUAGAAUAGAUCUUGUAAGUCAAAGAAUAAGUUCUCCCAUACAAAGCAGGUGGGUGUCACCAUCAUAUCCACUUUUUCUAAUCUGGAAUAACACACAAAGGUUUUUUUGUUUUUGUUUUUUUUUUUUA